ACCAUGGACUGGCUCGCAGACCGUGUCGACACGCUCGCCAAGCAGGCAGCCGAGCUCUCGGUUUACGACGUCAAGGCGGCCGUGCGCAAGGCGCAGGCCUACGCCUUCAACUACACCGAGGCCGAGUCGCGCGUGCGCGAGGCGACCAACGACGAGCCGUGGGGCGCCAGCUCGAGCCUCAUGCAGCACAUUGCCCAGGACACGUUCAACUUCCAAACGUUCAACGAGAUCAUGCCGACGCUGUACUCGCGCUUCACCGAGAAGGAGGCGCGCGAGUGGCGCCAGAUCUACAAGGCCCUCCAGCUCCUCGAGUACCUCGUCAAGAACGGCUCGGAACGCGUCGUCGACGACGCAAGGUCGCACCUGAGCCUCGUGCGCGUCCUGCGCAACUUUCACUACGUCGACGAGAACGGCAAGGACCAGGGCAUCAACAUCCGCAACCGCGCCAAAGAGCUCGGCGACCUCCUGUCGGACCUCGACCGCGUGCGCCAGGAGCGCCGCAAGGCCAAGGCCAACCGCAACAAGUACCAGGGCGUCGGGAGCGACAGCUCGGGCUUCUCGGGCGGCGGCGGCGGCGGCGGGUUCUCGGGAGGUGGGGGCCCGAGCUUCACGAGCGCGAGCGGGAGCAGGUACGGCGGGUUCGGGAGCGACUCGCUCGGGCACGGCGGUAGCGGCGGCGGCGGCGACGCGUACUCGGGCGGGCGCGACAGCGGCGGCGGAGGAGGAGGGGGCUUCUCCGACUCGCGCGGGCGCGGCGACGACUUCGAGGCGUACGACGCGGGCGACGACGAGGACCUCGACGUGCGGCGCUCCUCGGCUCCUCCUCCUGCGCCUGCCCCGCACUCGUCCUCGGCGCGCUCGGGCGCCUCGUCGUUGCGAGGCGCCUCGAGCCUCACCAACAAGCCGACGCCGCCUGCGCCCGCCCCGGCGGCGCCGGCCAAGAAGCAGCCCGAGGUGAACUUGUUUGACUUUGACGACGACGACCACGAGCAGGCGCUCCCGCCGCCGCCGCCCAAGCCCAACGCGCCCACCACCGCCGCCGCCGCCGCAGACGACUUUGACGACUUUGACGACUUCCAGAGCGCCGUCCCCUCGCCGGUCGCCGCGCCCGUCGUCGCCCCGCUCCAGGCCCAGGCCCAGGUGCCUCCUCGCCCCGCCGCCAACAACGUCUUUGCGAUGCUCCAGCCCUCGUCGACGACCUCGGCCGCCGCCGCGCCGCCCGGGUACGGCGCCCCGAUGCAGCCCAUGCACUCGGGCGCGGCGCCGAUGCAGCCCCGCGCAGCCUCACCCAAGAAGAAGGCGGCCGACGACUUUAGCGACCUGUUUGACCUCGUCGGCUCGUCGUCGGCGUCGUCCGGUGCGGCGGGCAAGCCGAGCGGCGCAGGUGCGAGCGGCGCCGUCGCAGGCGGGCAGCAGAGCCUGGCCCAGAUCGCGGCGCAAAAGCGGCAGGACUCGCUGUUUGGCAGCGGCGGGGCGGGCGCGAAGCAGGGUGGAGGAGCGGGCAUGGGCGGCGGCGGCGAUGGGUGGGACAGCUUGCUGUGAGCGCGAGAGUGGGGCACGAGGGCUUGCGCGCACGGUGCUCUCUUCUCCUCUCCUUCCCUCCCUCCCUCUCCCCCUCUCCUCGUGGUGCUCUGUGUUCCUCUUCCUUCUCUCGCACUCUCUUUAUCUCUCUUGCCGUAGCUCGCCAUCCGAAACUCGUUCGACACGUCUCUC